CUUUUUUUUUUUUUUUGCAGUACAAUCUCAAGUGACUGGAUCAAAGCGGAAAAGGAAUUGAAUGGAUUUGUUAUAGCAGAACAUGAAUUUCUUGGAGUUAAGCUCAAGACCUCAGUUAUCGCCAUCAAAAACUUAAAAUCGACAAAUAUUAAGUUCAGAAUUCUUAAUAAAAUCGAAUACGAGCCAUUUAUGGAGGAAAGCGAGAGGAGAGUUGCGGACAUCGUGCAAGUCUUUCCAAAGGAAUUCCUUUUUGAUCCCUCAGCAGAGCUUGUAUUAAAUCUUCCAAGUUGCGUGGCGUCUAAGUCAUGUGGACAGUUAGUCUGCCUUUACUGUUGUAAUGCGUUGGUGCGACAUGGAGUUAAACAGCUAAAAUGGAAGCCGCUGGACUCUUUCUCUUUUCACUUAAAUGAGAGCAGAACUGAAGCAAAAAUCAUUUGUAAGAAAAGUGGGCUCUACACAAUUAAGGUCACCCAACAUCCACAAGUUACCAAAAACCUGGAUAUUUACACGGAAUGCGAGGUUGCCCUUAGGGAGUUUCCAGGGAUUAAAAUCAAAUUUCCUGGUGGAUGUGUAGCUCGCAAAACUCCAGUAACAUUAGAAGCCAUUAGCAACAAAGACUUGUAUAAUGUACCAACUCCAUUACCAGUCUCCCCGAGAUCACUCGGCUCCUGGCGGCCGCCACAGCGCUGUAAACUGGAGGACCUGGACUCGACCGAUAUGGUUGACAUUACAUCCAGUCCUGUUGUUCUCAUUCGUCCUUCAAGACUCCGUUUUACGCGCCCUGUUCAAUUAACACUACCUCUACUUGGAGAAGAUUUUGAGGACUUCUUUUCCAGAGAAAAUACCAGGAUUGCUGUGCUUCAGAGUAAAGUAUUGGACGAAGAAACAGUUUUAUGGAAACAUCACUAUAGCACACCUGAGGUAAGGGUUUUAUUGUCAGUAUAGAUGCCCAGUAUAAGGAUGAAACAAGUUAUCAAAAAUUACGAUUUAUAAUAAGCUUAUUAAGGUUUUUAUAAAUAAAAGCAGCAAACACUGUAUCAUUUUGUGAUAACAAGCGGUGAUUAAAAAGAGCUAAACGGAGGGCCAAAAUAACUAUGUAGAAACUGUACAUGCCAAAGUUUGAAUAAAUCUCAGGACAGACCUUUGUCUUUUUCACGGUCCCUUUUACUCACAGGGGAAUUGGACUAAUGAACGUAGUUUUGAAAGUGUCUCUAUUUGUUAUAACUUUAUUCUCUUAAGAUUGAGACUUCUGAAGACGGCGUCAAAGUGGCUUCAUUCUUGAUUACAAGAGGAGGCCUUUACAAGCUUGUGCGAAGGAUAUCAAACCAGAACCCGCGACACGUCGAACAGAUUUCGGGUUGCAUUUCAAGAGAACUUUGUUACCAUGCCAACAACAACUUUGUCACCACCUCGUUACGAGGUCUCCUAACUGAAAUUGCGGAACCUGGAAAACAGUUUGUCUUAAGGAUUGCCCUGUUUGAUAGCUCUCAGCCUAAAAACGCUGACCCUUGCUUUAUCUCUGAAGUCUGCUCUCAACCGCUGUCCCUACCGCUUGGCAAAACACGAUUUCUUGUGCGAGGCAGCUUUGAGCCCGAUAGGGAUGCCACUGACCACACAGAAGAGCGUACCGUUAUGUUCACGGGCAAGACCACGUUUGUGGAUUUCUACUUGAAGUUGAGACUUAGUGAUCCAACCAAGCUCCCGGAUGUCAUUGGCAAAGUAUCGGUGCACGGAGCUGGAGAUGUGCAGUUCUACAUUAACCUACACAAACCGAUUCAGGUAUGCUUCCACCCUUCAAUUUCUUACUCCCUUGGAAAGACAUGAAUUCAAAAUUGAAGAGCUUGAUCACUCCAAAAUGACUGGUAUAUCUCAUAUCCCCUUUUUUCAAGUUUUCAACGAGCAAGGAAACGAUAGACACUAACUACAAUAACAUGAGAUAUGUUUGCAUAGUAAAUAAACAAAUCGACUUUUCACUGCAGCUGUUUAUUCAGUUUGUUCGGUAUUUUUAACUACGCCUUUUCUAAACUCACCGGCCAGACUUUCAGUUAUAUGCAUAUGGACUUCAACUUAUCACAGCCGAGCCACUUUUACUUUUUAUUCGUUUAUACUUUCUAGAUAAGGGAGCUGGAUAAUUUCAAAGACAAGUCCAGAAUUCGAGAGAAGAGGAGGAAACCCAAGCCCCUGAUAAAGGGACAAACGGUAGCCGAAUUUUCUUCUUUAAGAAAAAUGGCAGAACUCGGUGAGUGA